AUGGUAGCCAAAGAGGGCAUAUUUCUUGCUUCUGAAUAUUUCCGUGACUAUUUGGAAUCGGCAGAUCACAACGACGCCAAUUUCGGUGACGUCGACAAACAGGCGGUUCUCAUCGCACUGACGUUCACAUUGACGGGAACCAUGGCGCCACCACCGAUUUUGUCCCCAUCACUCGUGCACGAUAUCAUCGAAACUGCUCGAAGAAUGCGAGCGCUCAACUUCCCGAAACUCCGAAAUUCACUGGAGGCAGAAGCUGUUAAAUGGGUUGUGAAGCAAAACGAAGAUCUAUCUGCGGUACUUUUGUGGUUCAUCUGUUCGCAUGAUUGUGCCAUGCCGAAUUUGCAUAUGGUCUGUUUGGCCUACAUUUCCAGUACACAUGCGGUACAGUACAUGCGUGACUAUACCGAUGGUUCAAUGGUAAUUUCCGUAGCCAAAGCCGAUCCGGAGAUGGCCGAGAAACUUAACAAACGUCAGGGUAUUCUGCGACCGACUCCACAUCAACGAAUAAUGACAAGCAUACGGUGCGGUGGGAAGGUGCGUACCGUGGCACGAGUUGAAGUUCCUUCAUAA